CAUUUUUAUUAAGCCCUCUCUGAUCAGCCAACCACAUGGCUGGAAUUCUGGGACUUUUUGGUGGAGAAAUUUCUAGCAAACUUCAGGGUUUUCUGGUAAACUCUUAUCUGGGGAGGAACUAGGACUAUUAGAGAUCAAGGAAGUUUUCUUCCUUGAGAGACUAUCCAAGGCACUGUGAUAGAAUCAUCUACUUCUUCUUCAGCUACCUGCAGAGUGAUACGAGGAGAAUAAAAAGUAGGAGUAUCCAGGAUAAAAAGAAGCAUCAAGAAGCAGAAAAAUGUUGGAGAAACCUCAGGUCAUGAACCCUUCGAGACCUCCAAAUACAACCCUUGAUAGAAAGGGGAAAAGUACAGCCUGGCCCUUCUCUAGGCUGUGGAUAGUCUUUGACUCAACUCUGUUCCAAAUGACCUUGGUGGCUGCUCUACUGGCUAGUGUUCUUGGUGAUUGUGGUCCCCCACCCCAUUUACAGUUUGCUUUUCCCGAAAAUGAGUUGAAUGAAACAAACUACAAAUAUGGAACUGCUCUGAAAUACAACUGCCGCCCAGGAUACACUAGGACCAGUUCAAGAAAUACUUAUCUUAUCUGUGACAAAAAAGGCAAAUGGGAAUACUAUUAUUUCUGUGUCAAGAAAGUGUGCAACAACCCAGGAGAAUUACGUAAUGGGCGAGUGAUCAUUAAGACAGAUUACUCUUUUGGAUCACGUAUAGAAUUCGACUGUUUAGAAGGAUAUAUCUUAAUGGGCCCAACCACUAGUCAUUGUGAGCUCCAAGAUAAAACAGUUGGCUGGAGUAAUUCUUUCCCGGAAUGUGUAAUUGCCAAAUGUGAGUCCCCUCCAGACAUCAGCAAUGGGAAGUACAAUGGUGGAAGUGAAGAUGUCUAUACAUAUGGCUCUUCUGUCACCUACAGCUGUGACCCCAGCUUCUCAAUGUUAGGUGAAGCUUCCAUUUCCUGCACAGUGGUGAAUAAAACAGAAGGUGUCUGGAGCCCCAGCCCUCCUACUUGUGAAAGGAUCAGCUGUUCUAAGCCAGAUGUUAAAAAUGGAAAGAUACUCGUUGGAUUUGGACCCAACUAUAAGUACAAAGACUCUAUUUCAUUUGGCUGCAAUAAAGGUUUUAUCCUCAAAGGCAGCAAUUUAAUCCAUUGUGGAGCUGAUAACAACUGGCAUCCAACUCCUCCCAUUUGUGAGAUCAAUAGUUGUACUGACUUACCAGAUAUCCCACACUCUUCCUGGGAAAUACAUGGCUACCGCAGACCAACAAAAGGUGAAACAUAUGAAGUUGGAACUGUAUUGAGGUACCGCUGUCAUCCUGGCUAUAAACCAGCUGGAAAUAAGCCCACGACUGUGGCUUGUCAGAGAAAUUUUAGCUGGACCCCAUAUACAGAAUGUGAGGAGGUAUGUUGCCCAGUACCAGACCUAAAGAAUGGCAGAAUCACUACCCAGAAAAAGAAAAGUUUGGCCAGUAACUGUGAAUAUUUCUAUGGGGACUCGCUUUGGUAUUCAUGUGGUGGGAUACGAACUGUUGAAGCUUCCUGCCAAGGAGAUGGCACCUGGAGUCCUGAUACACCAACAUGUGAUGAGAGUUGUGCUUAUCCUCCUCAUAUUGACCACGGACAUUUUAUACGAAUACCUUCAUACUUAUUCCAACCUAAGGAAGUUAAAUAUGAAUGUGAUGAAGGAUACACUCUGGAUGGAGAGGCCACACUCUCCUGCAGUAGUUCACGCUGGUCAGCUCCGGCCCCUCAAUGUAAAGCUCUGUGUCCAAAACCAGAGAUAGAGCAUGGAAAGGUGUCUGGGGAUAAGGAUCAAUUUGUUGAAUCUGAAAAUGUCACCAUCGAGUGUACUUCUGGCUAUACUGUUGUUGGUCCCCAAAAUAUCACCUGCUUAGAGAAUCGUACCUGGUAUCCAGAGGUGCCCAAGUGUGAGCGGACUGUACAAUACACUGUGUUCUGUGUUUGGAUGGUUGGCCAAAAUAGCUCUGUCCCACAGAGGCCUUCUGGGAAGCUGUCUCAGAACAGGUCUAAAUCCCUCAGGGGGAGACUAUGGUGGAGCGAAAGUGUGUUCUGGUUUCCUGCUCACCCAUCAAACCCAGGGUUGGUCUGGGACCUGAUCCUGCAGUCCUGCCAUUCUCAUGAUCUGGGGAGAAGCCUCUCAACCAUACUCACCAGCUAUAUCUCUUUUAGGAGUUCCCUUCAGGCUGUGAGCAAGUUAAAGCAGGCAGAAAACUCAUGCAGUGUCUCCCGAGACCGGAGGAUGUGAAAAUGGCCCUGGAGGUAUAUAAAUUGUCCUUAGAAAUUGAACGCCUGGAACGAGAAAGAGAGAAGGCGAGGAAAUGACUCUGGAGUCGUCACUGUAAUUGUUCCCAGAAGAGGGAGAAAAAAGUGCCUUGCUGCCUUCAAUUCAAUAUGGAUCACUCUAGUCUAGCAACCCUACCAUCCCUCUGACACCAACAUUCAUUGUAAUAAGUACCUAGAACGGUUAAUUUGCUAAUGUUUUUGCUAGUCUUUUGAGAUUAUAGAAUUAUUAUCUUGUGGCUUAUAUUUUUGCUUUUUUGGACACUAACUGCACAUUUUUUCAUUAAAAUUUCAUUAUCAAACACAA